AUGUUUCUCUUCUUUUUGUUUGUUAAUCUUAACCUGAACCUCCACAUUUAUGAGCCCCAGGUAGCUCAUCUCCCACAGUGGGCCCCCAGCAGCAGGUCAUCUCCCACAUUGGGCCCCCAGCAGCAGUUCGUCUCCCACAGUGGACCCCCAGCAGCUAGUCAUCUCCCACAGUGGACCCCCAACAGCAGGUCAUCUCCCACAGUGGACCCCCAGCAGCAGCUCGUCUCCCACAGUGGACCCCCAGCAGCAGGUCAUCUCCCACAGUGGGCCCCCAGCAGCAGGUCAUCUCCCACAGUGGACCCCCAGCAGCAGGUCAUCUCCCACAGUGGGCCCCCAGCAGCAGCUCAUCUCCCACAGUGGGCCCCCAGCAGCAGCUCAUCUCCCACAGUGGACCCCCAGCAGCAGCUCACCUCCCACAGUGGACCCCCAGCAGCAGCUCACCUCCCACAGUGGGACCCCAGCAGCAGCUCACCUCCCACAGUGGGACCCCCAGUGGGACCCCAGCGGGACCCCCAGCGGGACCCCCAGUGGGACCCCCAGUGGGACCCCCAGUGGGACCCCCAGCGGGACCCCCCAGCGGGACGCCCAGUGGGACCCCCAGCGGGACCCCCCAGUGGGACCCCCAGUGGGACCCCCAGUGGGACCACCAGUGGGACCCCCAGCGGGGGCUGCUAA